AUGGAUAAGUUUCUGGUGCUAACCAUUCUAGUCUUUCUCUUCCUAGCAACAGUAGUAUCUGCUCAAGAUUGUGGGAGACAAGGUGGUAACAGACCAUGCACCAACGGGAACUGUUGUAGCCAAUAUGGUUUCUGUGGAAACACUCCCGCUCACUGCUCACCGGAAAAUAACUGUCAAAGUCAGUGUACAGGAGGUGGUGGUGGUGGUGGUGGUGGUGGUGGCGGCGGCAGCGGCAGCGGAGAUGUUGCCUCCAUCAUUACUGCAUCCGUGUUUGACCAAAUGCUCAAGUACCGAAACGACCCAAGAUGCAGUGCUAAUGGAUUUUACACCUACAAUGCAUUUAUAACUGCUGCAGCAGCAUAUAAUGGAUUUGGCACCACCGGAAGUGCUGAUGUCCGGAGAAGAGAGCUUGCAGCUUUCUUAGCUCAAACCUCUCAUGAAACAACAGGUGGAUGGGCAGCUGCACCAGAUGGUCCAUAUGCAUGGGGAUAUUGCUUUGUUAGAGAAAGAAACCAAGACAACAACUACUGUUCUUCCAAUGCCUGGCCCUGUACUCAGAAAUACUUUGGAAGAGGGCCUAUGCAGCUCUCUCACAACUUCAAUUAUGGGCUGUUUGGACAGUCAAUUGGGAGGGACUUGAUCAACAACCCUGAUCUCUUAGCCACAGACCCAACCUUAUCGUUUCGUUCAGCCAUAUGGUUCUGGAUGACUCCACAAGAUAACAAGCCAUCAAGCCAUGACGUGAUCACUGGACGGUGGACACCAUCGGCUGCAGACAGUUCUGCAGGCCGAGUCCCAGGUUUUGGAGUGAUUACGAAUAUCAUCAACGGGGGUUUGGAAUGUGGCAAAGGGCAGGACAGCAGGGUGGAGGAUAGGAUUGGGUUUUACAGAAGGUAUUGCAGCAUGUUGGGAGUUAGUCCUGGUGAUAAUAUUGAUUGUAACAAUCAAAGGCCUUUUGCAUAGCGAUGGAGUCUGGGUGGUGGCUGUAACUUACAAUAAAGAGCCAAGUCAUAAACUUGCUUGUGUAAUGGGUGUUUGAAUUGUCUUCACUUUG